GGCCGCCUCCCGGCGGGCUUUGCGCGCGGUGCCGCCCCUGCCGCCCUAAGGGCCGGGCGGGGAAGAUGGCGGCGGGGCCUGGGAAGCACAAACUGCUGAGCGCCGGCCCCACCGAGCCCUGGUCCAUCCGCGAGAAGCUCUGCCUGGCCUCCUCCGUCAUGCGCAGCGGCGACCAGAACUGGGUCUCAGUCAGCAGAGCCAUCAAACCUUUUGCAGAGCCAGGACGCCCACCUGACUGGUUUUCCCAAAAGCACUGUGCAUCUCAGUACUCAGAGCUCUUGGAGACCACGGAGACCCCUAAAAGAAAACGUGGUGAGAAGGGAGAAGUUGUGGAAACCGUGGAAGAUGUUAUUGUGCGGAAACUGACUGCAGAGCGAGUUGAGGAGUUGAAGAAAAUUAUUAAAGAAACACAGGAAAAAUACAGGCAACUGAAGAAGGAUGCAGAGCUGAUCCAGGCCGGACACAUGGAUAACAGACUGGAGGAGCUGUGCAAUGAGAUUAUGAUAAAGAAAAAAAUGGAAGAGGAGGAGGCAGAAGUCAAGAGGAAGGCUACAGAUGCUGCUUAUCAGGCUCGCCAGGCCAUUAAGAACCCCCCUCGAAGACUCACGGGGGUGAUGGUUCGUUCUCCUGCUGGCUCCACCUCCCCGGGCGGGGAUUAUUCCCUCGGAGAUCUGUCCCAGCCUGCUGGGGAUGAGGCCAGUCCAGGGGUCACGCCAGGGACAUUGCCCAGCACCCCAGUUGCCUCCUUCAUUGGAAUCCCUGACACCCCUCCAGGCUCUGCUCCCCUGGAUGCCCCCAUGACCCCAGUCACUGAUGAUUCACCCCAGAAAAAGAUGCUAGGACAAAAAGCAACUCCGCCUCCUUCCCCUCUGCUCUCAGAGCUGCUGAAGAAGGGCAGUCUCCUGCCCACAAGCCCCAGGCUGGUUGGUGAAAAUGAAAUGGCAGUGGCUUCUGGUCACAUGAACAGCUCUGGAGUGCUGCUGGAGGUAGGAAGUGUCCUUCCAGUGCUGCACAGUGGGGAAAUGCAGUCAGCACCUGGUGCUGUCCCUGCAUCUCCAGCUGCUUCAGGUGCUCCUACGCUUUCCCGGCUUUUAGAAGCUGGCCCUGCACAGUUCACCUCACCUCUUGCUUCCUUCUCCGCUGUUGCCAGCGAGCCUCCAGCUAAGCUCCUGCCACCCCCAGUAGAGCCUGUGUCCCAGGCCACUAUUGUCAUGAUGCCCACGCUGUCAGCACCAGCCGUUGUGCCACCAGCUGCAGCUGCAGAAAGCGUAGCCACAGUGAGCCAGCCAGAAGCCUGUGUUUCCAUGGAGGCAGUGUCUGAUUCCCAUACUGUAACAGUGUCCAUGGACAGCAGUGAAAUCUCAAUGAUCAUUGAUUCCAUCAAGAAAGAGUGCCUGGCUUCUGGAGCUGGCAGCACUGCUGGAUCUUCCAAAGAUCACUGCAUGGAUGGGAAAGAAGAUCUGGAUUUGGCUGAAAAAAUGGAUAUUGCAGUGUCCUAUACGGGGGAAGAGCUGGAUUUCGAUACGGUUGGGAAUAUUAUAGCCAUCAUUGAGGACAAGGUAGACGACCACCCUGAAGUCCUGGAUGCAGCAGUUGUUGAAGCUGCUCUGUCUUCUUUCUGUGAAGAUACUGAUGAUCCUCAGACCCUUCCUGGCCCAUGGGAACAUUCAAUUCGUCAGGAGCAUGAGAAACAGGCUCAGAUGCCACAAGUGUCUGUGACUGUGAAACAGGAGAGACUGGAGUGUGAGGAGCCAGAGGCAAAGGGAAUUCGAGACCUAAUGGGCAUCAGUGAGCUGGGGUCAGAAAUAAAGACUGAACUUGCAGAGCAGGACCAGAGUCAGCUGGGCCCUGAAGAAACCAUACCAGCAACUGCAAGAGUGACAGAAACACCAGAGCUUAGAAACCAAGAGAUAGAGGAAGAUCAAAGAGCAGCUGUAACAUCAGGAGAGACUUCUGAAAUCAAGAUAGAAUCUUCCCAGGGAGAAGAUGCAGUGCUCAAUCCAGUGAAGACAGAGACCCCACCUGAUGAUGAUUCAUCCCCUCCACAAGUCCCAAAUGUGAGUGAAGACUCCUCACAGGCUGAUGUUCAGCACAAAUUUGAGCUGUCAGAGUCAAUGAAGGAGGAGGCCCAAGCCCUGUUUAGGAGUCAGAUGAAGGAUGGGCAGGGUGAGGAGGAUGAUGAGGACGGUGCCAGUGAGGCUGCCAGUUUGGAGGAACCCAAAGAAGAAGACCAGGGUGAGGGGUAUCUCUCAGAGAUGGAUAACGAGCCCCCCGUGAGCGAGAGCGACGACGGCUUCAGCGUCCACAACGCGCCCUUGCAGUCGCACGCGCUCGCCGACUCCAUCCCCAGCAGCCCAGCCUCCUCGCAGUUCUCAGUGUGCAGUGAGGACCAGGAAGCGAUACAGGCUCAGAAGAUCUGGAAGAAAGCCAUCAUGCUGGUCUGGAGAGCAGCUGCUAAUCACAGGUAUGCCAAUGUCUUUUUACAGCCUGUAACUGAUGACAUAGCACCAGGCUACCACAGCAUCGUGCAGAGGCCAAUGGAUUUAUCUACCAUCAAAAAGAACAUUGAGAACGGGCUGAUCCGAACCACAGCCGAGUUCCAGCGGGACAUUAUGCUGAUGUUUCAGAAUGCAGUGAUGUACAACAGCUCUGACCAUGAUGUGUACCACAUGGCUGUGGAGAUGCAGAGAGAUGUCCUGGAGCAGAUCCAGCAAUUUCUGGCCACACAACUGAUGAUGCAAACAUCAGAGUCAGGGAUCAGUGCAAAGAGCCUGCGGGGGCGAGACUCCACUCGCAAGCAGGAUGCUUCGGAGAAGGACAGUGUCCCAAUGGGCUCUCCUGCCUUCCUUCUCUCUCUCUUUGACGGAGGCACCAGAGGGCGGCGCUGCGCCAUCGAGGCAGACAUGAAGAUGAAGAAAUGAUGCUGCAGACACAAAAUCCCAGCAGAAUCCCAGGCAGCCGGAGCUGGAGUACGAGCAGGCAGCUCUUAACAACUGAUGGAGGAGGAAAAAAAAGCUGCAGGUCCAUUUCUGGGACCUGGUUCACCACCUUCACUUGCCCUUCUGGAAAGCAGUGUCUUGUCAGAAUGUGUAACCCAAAGAAACUUCCCCAGAGGGGAAGACCAGCCCCCCUGCCUGUUUUAGGGCAGUCGUUUUGGGCUUCAUCAGUGUUCUGGUGUUAGCUAGCAACUGGUGGCUCGUAUGUACUGUAAUGUGAAGUGUACAGAUUUUUACUAGUGAUGUGUAAAUGUGAUGUAUAUUAAAAUCUGGGAACAAA